UCUUCCAUGCUUGCAUGUCUCCUGGCUAAUGUGGACAAAAACUCUCAUUUGUAGUAUUACACAGAACAUGUUAGCCUGUUGUGUAGUGUGUUUUAAUUCACCAAAUCUGCCAGUGAUCCUUUCUUUUAAUCAAGGCACUAGGAUAGGACAGCCCAAGUUUUGCUUUGUUAUUUAUAGGUGCAGGGCCUUGACCUCCUGCCACCUACCUUCCCUGUAUGGCCACCACCCCAUUUAGAUUCUGUUCCUCCUAAAUCUCCUCUCCUCUCCAUUGGCCCUGAACUUCACCAAAAUAGUUUUCUGCUUCGCAGGCCUGUCUCUCAGGAUUAAGGAGCCUCUUGUUCUUGUUUUUGGUUGGAACUUGGCGCAAGGAUCUGGAGGCGAUUAAAGAGGUUGAUUGAUACGGAACACAGAUUGUGAGAUCCAACAACCAAAUCUAAUCGCAGAAAAAGAAAGUCAGCCAAAGGCUUGUGUAGCACCACAUCUUGCCGUCAGGGAAAAUGGGGCUGUCAAUCUCAUACCCACCGGAUGACUACCUGCCAGCAGUGGACGACAACAUGGGCAGGCUGUUCAUCCGGUCCCUCAGCUUCGACGACAACGACAUGGAGGAUGCAGCUGAUUCGCCUUCGGCAUUGUCCCCCAGCUACGGCCAUGGGAACCUGAUGAUAGAAGGCUCCCUGAGCUUCAAGAGGAGAGAGGCCGACCACGUUCAGAUGCAGACUCUCUUGUCCGUCAGGAGUCCCAAACCUGACAGAGACUGUUGCAACACCAGUAAUGGUGCUGGCACUGCUGGUUCAUCAAGAUUCGGGCCAGCCCGAGACCGUCCACCGGAUCAUCCUGUCGACGAAAAUAACAGCCCGAGGCACCAGGCCGCGGCCCUCAGACUGCAGAAGGUGUACAAGAGCUUCAGGACAAGGCGCCAGCUUGCGGAUUGUGCCGUUCUUGUGGAACAACGAUGGUGGAAAUUGCUUGACUUUGCGCUGCUCAAGCGAAAUUCAGUGUCAUUCUUCGACAUAGAGAAGCCUGAGACCGCUGUUUCAAAAUGGUCCCGGGCAAGAAUGAGGGCUGCCAAGGUUGGCAAAGGUCUCUCCAAGGAUGAAAAGGCCCAGAAACUUGCCUUGCAGCAUUGGCUUGAGGCGAUUGACCCUCGACAUCGGUAUGGCCACAACCUGCACUUCUACUACCAAUGUUGGCUCCACUGCCAGAGCAAGCAACCAUUCUUCUACUGGUUGGAUGUAGGUGAAGGGAAAGAUGUCAGCUUAGAGGACCAUUGCCCAAGAUCGAAGUUGCACAAGCAAUGUAUCAAGUACCUUGGCCCUAAAGAAAGGGAAUCUUAUGAAGUGAUAGUCGAGGAUAAGAGGCUGAUGUACAAGCUGAGCCGUCAGAUCGUCGAUACAGCUGGAAGCGCCACGGGGACGAAGUGGAUCUUUGUGCUGAGUACAUGCAAGAAACUUUACAUCGGCCAGAAGCGGAAGGGCGUAUUCCAGCACUCAAGCUUCCUUGCAGGGGGAGCCACAUCUGCUGCAGGGAGACUGGUUGCAGAGAAUGGAGUUCUGAAGGCUGUGUGGCCUCACAGCGGGCAUUAUCGGCCGACAGAGCAGAACUUCCAGGAGUUCAUGAACUUCCUGAAGGACAGGAGUGUGGAUCUGAGCGAUGUGAAGUUGAGCCCAUCAGAAGGUGAGGAAGACGGCGACUUCAGCAGCCUGAGGGGCAACCACUCGCAGCUGGACUUGACCGAGCUGUGCCAGCAAAAAGAAGGCAGCCAGGAACAAGAUGCGCAAGCUGCGCAAGGCCAUGGCGAGCAGGAAGCCGAGACCCGCAACGACGAACCCGCCCAGUCAUCUACCGAGACGAGCGCGCCGGCGGCGAUGAGGAAGGCCUCCUCGGACAACAGGCUGCACGGUAAGCGGCCGCCGAGGCUGCUGAUCAGCUCCGACAACAGAGUCCCGCUGCCACCGGCCCCGCACCCCAGCACCAGGCCGCUGCCGUCGCCGGGCGGCAAGGAGAUCGACCCGGACUCGGCCACGUUCGGCGAGUGCCUCGACUUCUGCAAGCGGAACCUGUUCGCGGAGGACCUGUACGAGGACCACGGCCUGGACGACCUGGCGGAGGUGCCGGAGGAGCUCAUCCUGAGCCGCAUCAACUCCAAGCGCGCCAUGCGGUCGUACCAGCUCGGGAAGCUGCUGUCCUUCCAGUGGAGCACCGGCGCCGGGCCGCGCAUCGGCUGCGUCCGGGACUACCCGUCAGAGCUCCAGUUCCGGGCGCUGGAGGAGGUCAGCCUGUCGCCCCGCGGCGGCAGGCCGGCGAGGUUCCCGUCGCCAAGGCCGGGCGCGCUGACGCCCAACAGCAUCCCUGCUGGCAAGUGCGGCAGCCUCACCGCCGAUGGCGACGGCGUCAGCAUGUCGCUCAAGCCCAGGCAGAGGAGUGCUACCUGGACUGCGUUCUGAGAGGCCUUUGUUUCCUUGUUUUGUUCCCCGGGAGGAGGAUGCCAACUGUGCAUAUUGAGAGGGAAAAGUGAGAUAGUAUGAUCACAAUUGCUUAGAAGGAUCAGGAUUAACAUUUGGCAAGCACAUUGGUGAUGCCAUUGCCUCACUAAUAGAUGGUCCAAUGAACAUGCUCUUGAGACUUUUCUAGUACA